UGUCUGAAUUUACAUGUUAAGUACAUAUCUAAACGAAACAGUUUUAUUUGUGGAAUAAUGUCGGCACCUAAAAUUGACGUAUUCGCUGCAAUUUUCUGUUCUUGUUUAUCCGUUGUCAGCGCCGAGUACUGUUAUGCACAGGAAGGCUACACUGAUGUCUUUGACGGGAUUUAUAAAUACCGAACGUCAUCUACCUACUGCUAUUACGACCAGUACUGUUGUAGCGGGAUAUACUAUGUCAGAUGUUGUAGUAACGUCUAUGACAACAGCAACAUCACAUCUUACGGCUUGUAUAUUCAGUCGGUAGGGACAAUAGCUGGAGCUGUCGUGGGCGGUCUCAUUGGUCUGGGAGCCCUCAUCGCCUGUCUUGUUUGCAUUGGUUGCGUCUGGAGAAGAAAACGACGUCCAGGACGGGUUAUUAGGAACCCCGUGAACACUACCACUACCUUCACUGUCGCUCCCCAGAAUGUCAGUCCUCCGGGCUCCUAUCCAGCACAACCUACGUACCCGCAGAAUGCUCAAUACUCCCCAUACCCUCAGUACUCCCAACAGCCAGGAGGCUACAACCCUGCCUACACACCAGACGGACAAUACAUAGGAGGUGUGAAUCCACCGGCAGUCGCACCCCCUGUAUACGCGACCGUGGUUAAGACCGACCCCAACGCUCCUCCCCGGUUUUAACAGCUGCUGUCCAAGAUAAACCAGGCUCAGAUAUCAUUUUACUAACCAAAGUAGAUGAAGUGCUAUGUUUCUUAUUGAUCGUAAAUUUGCUUGACUAAAAUCCAAUUUCAUGGUUAUUUAAUAUUUUGAUACCAGUUUAAACAAUAUCGUUAGUUUAUCAAACCUCUAUGCGAACAUAAAACCGGAAUUUUUUAUGGAUUUGUAUAAUAACCAUACGACUUAAUUAAUUUUAAAUUUUUAUCCUAAUAUUAUAAUUACUGUUUAUGAUCGUAUGAAAAUAAAAAUAGUCCUUUUACGAUACUUAGAUAAUAAACGUGUCCACAUUUAGAUAAAGACGGAAUAAAAGUUAAUGAAAUGGAAAAAGUUUUACAAAGCUGCGUUUAAUUCAAUGGUGAUAUUUGUUAUCAUUAUAAGAUCGAUGUUAAACUGAAAUAUGAACAUCCUUAACUUAAAAAAAUGAUCAUAUUUAAAAAUGAUAUACUCAUAUUCUACGCAUUCAAAGAGAUAUGACUAGAAAUAAAACAUGAUUUAACGUAAUAUUGUGGAAAUAAAAAUCGUGGUAUGCUACAUGUACUUGAAUUAUCAUAAUGAAUAUUACGGAGGCGGAUAUGUUUUCAAAUCAAAAAUCUAGCAACAACCUCGCACGUUUUUUAAAUGAUGUUUUGAUUACGAAAUCUUAAGAUUAUUUUAAGAUACAACGAAGUUGCAGUUUAUAGAUAUAUUUCUAUGCAUAUCGAUAAAAUCACUCCUUUGAUGUGGAUUAAAAUCUAUGGUCACCUGCAAUUAAGGUCAUCUGUAAGUAAAGUCGUCCGAAAGUUAAGUGAAGUGCAAGUAAACUCCACUCCUAACAAUGUCAGAUUUAAUGUCAAUGUAGCCUUCAGCAGGCAAUACAGCACGAAUGUCUUUAUAACAGUUCCAAAUGUGGUAUAUGUGAGGCACAUCAUGAAGGUGCAAUGGCCGUUUCCUGUUAUCUUUUUUAAGGACAUAGCAAGUAUUUUUGUGAACUAAGACUCAGUUGUAUUUCAAAUUCACUGGAUCGUUUAAAAUCAUAAUUGUUUCCUUAAAGCGUUGUUUGAAAGGGUAACAAUGUAUCUCUCAGAGUUGCAUGUUCAGGAUUUGUUUAGUCUCGUUAAAUUACGAUAUAUACUUUUAACUCUCUAUCUUAUGUUCAAUGGAUGUAGGUGUUUAUUGUGCCUAACGAAUUAUGCAUUUAUCUCGAAAUUUGAUCAAAACGGAUAAGAAUUUGAUGUAUCGAAGUUGAAAGUAUAUAUCAUUCCGAGGAAAAAGUAUAUAGUAAUUGAUAUUGGAAGUUAAAUAAACAUAGUAUAUUAUGUUGUACGUAAUAUAGGCAUUGUAAAACAAUGAUAAAAACAGCUGUCAGUGAUGAUAAGAGUAAAUAUGCUAACGGGACAAAAUAUGUUUGAGUGAUAAUCAAAGUUUAUACAACACAGGGACAAAUUUAAUUGUAAGUGGUACGGGGGGUAAAUAUAACACAUGGACAACGUCUGCUGUAAGUUACCUGUA